AUGGAGCGCCGGUGUUGGACCAUCCAAAGGAUCGUGGACAGCAUAGCGCACUACGUCUAUUGGGACGAAGACGACCCGAGACGACCCCGAAACACCGUGUCCCUUGCGCUGACUAGCCAUUUCAUUUAUGAGCGCACUGGGACACUUGUCUGGUCAUGUCAGGGCGACCUCGUCCCCUUGCUCAAGUGUCUGCCGAAGGAACUCUGGGUGAUCGAGUACCCCAUGACGCCGCCAGGCGAGAAACCUGCUCCACGGCCCAAGUUCAGGAGACAACCGGCUGGACUGGAGUGGGCGAGGGUGGAUGCCAACGCCAGGCAAAUCAGGCUGUUGUGCUUUAACAUGGUUUGGCACCGCGACAACAAGAUGCCAGUGGUACGCCUUGACCCAAAGAGUUGUAUCCCCGUCCUACGGUCACGCUACGCUCAAGUGCCCCUGUUGCCAAAUCUCGAGUGGCUCAGUUGCACGCUUCAGCGUGGUCAGCCGUACGAGCAUCUGGAACUCUACGUCUCACCUCCACUCCGACACCUACACAUCACUACAAGCACCCGGGCCGCUCCAGAGGAAGGCGACGAACGUGUCAUCGAAACGCUCCUCCGUGGCGUAGUUGGGCCGAAUGUUACAGAAUUUACUUUCUAUCGCGUUUUUGUGCCAACUUCAAGCAUCCUGUCGAUCACGUCAAUUAUACCUGGCCUCGAACAUAUACGCAUCCGUCUUCCGCCUGUUGGUUGGCGGCGCGUCAUGCUAGGCGUACUAGCACGGCUGCCUGCACUGGAGGAACUGAUCCUUUUCGAUAGCGGGAAUGUGGGAGGUGCCAACGGAACUGAAAUCGCCACCGACGAAGGCAAGUUUCGUGCUCUGAAGAACCUCUCCCUGUACGUGGACACCUUUUCGACAGGGAUACCGAUAAUGCGGGCGUUGGCUUGCGCACCUCUGGAAAGUGUCCAAGUCUUCGUGUGCGUGCAGCCAUGCAACUACGACGUGACGAGCUCCACGGGUCUCGCAGAAUUUUUCCAAGCUUGCGGAGAGAACCGGCUACGCCACCUGCGAAAUCUCAACGUCUAUCAGGUUGCGGAGCCACACGGCAAGCCCAGCAUUGUCAAUAUGCUGAUGCUCGAGCCCGUGUGUCGCAUCUGGCGUCUGCAGAGAGUGCGUCUGUGGGUGCCGUGUGUGUUCGACAUCGACAACCACGACAUUACCACGAUGGCGCAGUCAUGGCCGGAUCUACGAAGUUUGCAUCUGGGUUUACACCACCGGAAGUGGGAGGAGACUCGCAUCAACCUGAAGGGGCUUGAGUCCCUCGCAUAG